AUGAUCGAAUAUGCUAUCCGUUUCCAAUUUCGUGCUUCCAACAACGAGGUCGAAUACGAGGCACUUCUGGCAGGCCUUCAGCUUGCCCAAAGCGUGGGUGCCGAACAGCUGAUGAUAUGCAGCGACUCCCAACUCGUUGUCAACCAGGUCCCCAUAUCUGAGAACAGCCACGCCGAUGCUCUCUCUAGGCUCGCUUCGGCAAUCGACGACCGUGUCGGACGCCACGUCCCCAUAGAAGUUCUCGCUCGGCGGAGCACGACCGAAGCCGAUGUGAACACCAUCCGUCGGGAUCCUAGUUGGAUGGACCCGAUCCACGCCCACCUCACCGACGUCACCCUACGAACUGACAAAGCCGAAGCCAAGGCAGUACGACGACGAUCGGCUCGGUACCUUCUUUUGCAAGGCAUCCUCUAUCGGCGCAGCCACUCCCUGCCGUUGCUGAGAUAUGUUACACCACAACAAGGAGACUACAUCUUGCGUGAGAUACACGAAGGCGCAUGUGGUGACUACUCGGGAUCCCGAUCCUUGGCCUUCAAGGCCGUUCGCCAAGGCUAUUAUUGGCCAACUCUCCACGCUGACGCUACCCAGAUUGUGCAAAGGUGCGAUCCGUGCCAACGUUUCGGGUCUGUAUCGACAGUCCCUGCCGAACCACUCAAUCCGAUGACUAGCCCGUGGCCAUUUGCCUAA